AUGUCAUCGAGCGUCAGAGAAACCAAGCCAUCAGUGGGUGACCCGCAGAAGUCAGUGAAUGAGCUCUUCAGACUUGACAGACGGACUGUAUUAAUCACUGGCGGCGGAGGUUCUAUGGGCCUAGAAGUUGCUCGCUCUGUACUGGAGAGUGGCGGCGAUGUUAUAUGCAUUGACCGACAAGAGAACCCUCUAGAAGAGCCCUGGAAUCGUGUGCUGAACGUGUCCAAGAGUCAUGGAACACAAGCAUGCUACUAUAGGUGCGAUACCACGAACGCAGAAAACGUCAAAUUUGUCUUCGCGGAGUCCAUGAAGAAGUCACGGUUCCCUUUAAGAGGCUUGGUCGCCUGUGCAGGAAUUUCAGGUGACGCGCCAUCCAUCGACUUCCCGAUCGACACGGCGAGAAGUAUCAUAGACGUCAACGUUAUUGGAACACUCGUCUGCGCACAAGCUGCAGCCCAGGAGAUUCAGAGGCAAGGAUCGGCUGGAAGUAUUGUCCUCAUUGCGAGUAUGAGUGCUCACGGGAGCAACAAGGGUGUUGAUACCGUGGCAUACAAUUCCUCAAAAUCGGCAGUUGUUCAGAUGGCUCGUUCUCUUGCUGCUGAAUGGGGCAGCCGCGCAGAUAUACCACUCAUUCGGGUGAACUCGAUCUCGCCUGGGUACAUCCGUACACGUAUGACGGAAGGACCACUCAGCAAUCCUGUUAUAGAGAGAGAAUGGACCAACGGCAAUAUGUUGAUGAGAUUGAGUGAGGCGCAUGAGUACAGAGGGCCCAUCACCUUUCUGCUUAGCGAUGCCAGCAGUUUCAUGACCGGUUCUGAUGUCCGUGUAGAUGGGGGCCACACAGCGUGGUAA